CCCUGCGUCUAUAUAAGUUGAAGAUUUUAUCCGUAUCUUGCUAGAUUCCUCAAGGUUUCCGUCGCUUUCACUACCAACACUCCAGCAAUGUUCUUCGUCCUGAUGCUGCUGACGUCAGUCGUGGCGUCACCACAAUACAGCCCACCUCGCAUCGAGCUGUUGUCGCCACCCAUCCCAAUAUCACACUCAUCCCCUCACGUACCUGUCAGUGUGUACGGCGCUCCUUCGAACCCAUCUGAGGGAUCGUUUAUCUCCCCAGUUCCCACUCCUCCUAAUCAAGCCCCAGUAGCUGUUCCCCCUGUCCAACCUGCAGGGUCGAUUCCGCCCCCAGCGCCCAUAGCCGAUGAGAUAUUUCCAAUCAGAUCGCCCGAAGAAGUAGUUCAAAUCCCUGAGAGAUCAAUUAACGUCCCUGAAGGAAGCAAUGAGAUACUGCUACCGCCAGGGACAAGCAUAAGCCUUAGGGACGAUUUGGGACAAUUUUCUCACGGAUUUUCAGACAAGAAUGGUACCACGGUGAGUGAACAGGGAAGGCUUCUAACCACAAAUGAUGGUUGGGAGGCUGUGAUCAUCAAGAAAGGCUUUUAUUCCUACAUCAGUCCAGAUGGAACACCCAUAUCUGUCAGCUACAUUGCCGACGAAAACGGCUUCCGGGCCAAGGGAGAUCAUAUCCCAUCAAAAUAACAUCAAAUUACAGGAAGUGACGUCGGCUUUCAGCCAGUACAAAACACCAUUUUCACGGUAUGACGUUUACAUAAACUUCAGUGCUGUUUAGAAACAGAAUAACUGAAUGCUUAAAAUGGCGUAUUUUUCCUGUAAGAAAGGUUACCACUGUAAAUAACCCUCAGCUCUUAUUAUUUGCUACUCUCUUUGUAAGGAACAGUUUCAUAAUUAAAAAACCAUGUUACUUGCAGUAAUUAUAUCCGAUGUCGUCCCUUCCUAUUUAAAAGUAAAACUUCGUUCUGAAAUAAAGGAAGCAAGCUUCCGAAUGGAAACAAAUUUAAUCCAGGUGCUUUUGUUUUAACAAAACUAGUUUUCAGAUAUAUUUACAGACGUUCACUACUCAGACACAUCAUACUGAAUGCCGUUACAAGUGGCUGCCAGCUAAAAUCGCAUAUUUCAAUUGAAACAUAUCACCAGCCCGUUUAUCUGUUUGUGUAUCUCUAGGGCCUCACAAUACUGACUGCAUCUAACACGUGAAUAAAAUAAAUAUUAUAUUUAUAACGACCUGUAAUAAUCAAACUUUAAGUUCGUAUUUAAUAAAUUUCAAUGUAAAGGUU